AUGAGUGAAUCUCUUCGACCACCUGUUAAAACUUCUGAUGAAAAAUUAGGUCGAUUUUCCUUUGUACGUGCCCACCAAACUCCUCUUCAACAAUCUAGAACUACAACUCAAGACCAAAUAAAAAAUGUUCCAUCCGUUUCAUCAGAAACAAAAUCAAAAUGUUCUGUUUUACAAUGUAUUGGUCUCCAAUUGUUAGUUUCAUUAUUGCUUCUUGUAUUGGCGGCUCUUAUCAUCCCUAUUGUUGUAAUAGUAUUAGCAUGUUCAACAACAUAUUCUCAAACUUUUAUAGGCGGCGCUACUCCAACAACUCAAUGCACAGCAUUCAGAGUGUUCACAACUGGUUUGACUUGUUCAAGCUAUUCACUGAUGCAGAUGUACGGCUCUAAUGAUCCGGUAGGUAUAACAGUAACUGAUUCAUCAGUUGUUACUGCUCUGGCACUAGCUCUACGCUACAAUAGUACAUUUGGCAUUACGUAUAAUGGAGUUACGUGGAAGAUUGGUGUAUGUAAUGGCCGUUACGAAAUAACUGCAACAGGAAGUUUGUGUUCUUGUACAGCUGGUUACACGAUGAGACCUUGCCAUGUGAAUUCUGAUUGGGGUGGUAUCGCUGGUUCAACAUGUAGUCCAGCGACGCAAAUAAUGUCUCUUCAUUUUGAAUGA